CGGACAUAAAUGAUAGACGUACCCCUAUACUUCCUGUUUUGUUUUUCGUUAACUCCUCUGCUUGGGUCGGGUAGAUAUGGAAGAAUUCGCGGGGCAAGGAGACAACCACAGCCUGCCCGUGAAGAAACGCGCUCUCUUCAGACACCGGUGGACCUUAUAAACCAGACACAAGCAGCGGGCAGCCGUAACACCUGCUGCGGGGCUUCAGACACCCUCACUCCGCCUCUGUGUGUCGGCGACAUGGCACUCAGCUCAGGCGGCUGGGCUCCUCCAGCCCCGGUCUCUGCCUCGUCCCAACAGGCUGCAUGCAGCGGGCCUGCGCUGACACCUUGCUGCAGUACUGUUUUAAUGUCAGUCCGGGUUUCGGUGUGCCAUUCUGGGAUCCGGCCCCUGUGCCUCCCCGGAACAGGCAGCGAGGCUCUGCGCCUACAGCUCAGCAUGGACCCGAGCCGGGCCGGAGAGUUCCGACUGGCGCUGCGAGAUACGAGCGGAAACCGCAGUGUGUUCAUCGCAGAGUUCGAUCUGCGGUCGGUGCAGUACGAGGUCAAAUGCCCUCGCAGCCAUGAGAUGCGCCUCGUUGCUCCGCCCCACGACUGCAUCCGCUUCAACUUCCGCUGCGACCGCGAAGCCGAGGAGUGGGCCACCGUGGUGAUGUCAUCGCUAAGAGAAGCACAUAGAGUUGCAAAUAUUAGAACAUGCGAGUCAGAUGGCAGACACAACGACACAGCAGAAGCUGCGGAGCAGUGGAGCCCGGCCUCGCUGCCGCUCACUGAGGAGCUAUGUUUGGAGCUCGUCAGGGCGAUUGAAGCAGGUGACACCCAAGCCGCUUCCCAGCACGCGUCCGCUCUGGCUCGGCAAAAAGCAGUGCUGACGAUUCAGCUGUCUGAAAAGAACUACGCCGAGGGAGAGAUCAGUUUAUCCGUGGUAGUGGAGGACGUUUCGUCAUCCUGUUGUGUCAAUGUGAAAGUCUUUCCGUACAUGACCGUGGCUGCACUCAAGCAACAGGUGUUCCUCGAGUACGGUUUCCACCCUCGCGUGCAGCGAUGGGUUAUUGGUCAGUGCUUGUGCACCGAGCCGAGGUCGCUGGCCUCCUACGGGGUGCAGAAGGACGGCGAUACGGCGUACCUCUACCUGAUCUCCGCCCGACAAGCCCGCAUCACCCGCCAGCUGUUCCAGCAGGACCUGGAGAGCGCCCUCCUCGCUCCACCUCUCCCACCAGGCAACGGCCCCACCUCCCAAGUCUGGAGGGGUUACAGCACCCUGCCCUCGAGGCUACCCCACAGCAACCAGGCGAGCACCGGUGGAGCCAGCGACAGACCAAGUGAUAUCAAAGAUGUUCUCGACAUUGAGAACCUGCAGCUGAACGAUCACACCAGCAAAGCCAGUAAAACACAGCAGACAGAGUGGGCGUGUCCCUCAUGCACUUUCAUCAACAAGCCGUCGCGUCCGGGCUGCGAAAUCUGUGCCACAGACAGACCUGACGCACACAUCCAGCAGGAGAAAGGAAGGAGAGAGGAUCGCGGAGAGCCCGGUUUAAGCAGCAGCAGCAGCAGCUGACUGCACAUCGUCGCCGUCAGGUCGCCAUGUCUCACUCACUUACACACACACACUCAUGAGUGCGGAUGCUCAACAACACAAUACUCACUUAAAGACUGUCAAGUGCACUGAGAGUCGUCUGACAGCUGGAGCGAUUGAAGCACUGUAGCAUGACACGGAGCUGCUCCGGUCGAGGCUCGGACUACAAACUGCAGACGGAGAGCGUCAGCUUUGACCAGUUAUCUCGGCAUGACCAUGACAUACAUCUGAAUUUUUGGCCUGACCUCUUUGUUAUUUAUUUUACAGUGUGUGUGCGUGUGUGUGUGUGUGUGUGAGUGUGUGAUGCAGACAACACAGACGGCCUAAUAUUUAUUUUAGGUGAGAGAGACGUGAUGGACGUUUUGUUGCAUUUGAUCGCAGCUGAAGUUGAGGGAAUGUCAUACUUUCAGUUUCUGCCAACUGUGAAGCGAGAGAAAAGGUGAAGCCUUGUGCCGUAACCCUGGUGUGUUUGUGAGAGCGGUGUCUGCCAAAAAACAUAAUGUGUGGUGGGUUUAAAAAGAAGAAAGAGGAAAAAACAAAACAAAAGCCAUGGCUGAGAAGGUGUGCUGCGUUUACAGGGUUGUCAAGUGCUUUUAUUUUUUUAUAACAUUGUACUAAGUGUUUUAUUUUUAACCAGAUGCAUUGAGUAAUUGAUGCACACUUUAUCAGUUGUUCUACUUUUACUCAAUUCCCUGUGAGCUGUGACAGCAAUGGAAUGAUCUGUUUUCAGUACAUAAUACUGUAAAAACUUGCAUUACCCGAAUAAACAUAAUGGAAAUUAAACUAA